UUAACAAUGAAAUGCCCUUCUGGCUGCUGAAGUUAAAGAAGUUACUUAUUACAGUGGACGACCGUAGCUGACUGAUUUGUCCAUCCAGAUGUUAUUGAUUAGACACACAAAGUCUGUCGUGACCCAUUUGUGACCGGACAUUAAGUUACAACGUCUUUUUUUUUUUUUUUCCUCUUGUGCUCAGAGGUGUGUGAAGUCAGCCGUCUGUCUGGCACACAUGUGUGUUGAUGUGCUUCCAGCUGUUUGCGGGGAACGAUGGUGUCUAGACCUUUGGUCAGGCAGGACUGAAGGAUCCUCCCUUCCAGCCUGUGAGAUCAUCACACUUUUAAUUAGACCGGAUCUGUCAAUUAACAGGAAGCCAGCCGGUCUCCCUCUCAGUCUUUAAAAGCAGUGGGCUCAAACAGUCAGCAGGACUCUGACAGAGGCUCCAACAGUUUCAGAUUUCCAGAAGGAUGUCUUCCACUGUACUGUCUGCUGUUAUUUUGCUGGUGUCUGCCUUCACAUUAAGUGCUGCUCAGAGCUGCAGAGGACGAUGUGGUCUCGAUUACUCCAGGGGCUCCAUGUGCCAGUGUGAUUAUAGCUGCCUGACUUAUGAUGAGUGCUGCAAAGACUACGAAUCUCAGUGCACCACAACAAACUCAUGUAAAGGUCGGUGUGGAGAGCGAUUCAGAAGAGGUCGGCGGUGCAGCUGCGACUCUGACUGCUUAAAGUUCAAUCAGUGUUGUUCAGAUUUCAAGAGCCACUGUGACGCAGAGGAGACUCAGACUCUGAAUGAUGAUCUGGCUUCUACCUUCAGCGAGGGAAACAGUGCAGAUGACCAUUUAAUUCCUCUGGUCAGUCCAACAUCAUAUCCACAAGAUGACGUCACUGAUGACAUUUACGGCCCGAUUGUUCCCAGUGAUGAGUUUGGAGUGGAGGACCUGGAGGCGAGUCCAAUGCCAGAGAACACCAGCGGUUAUGGAUUAUCUACAGCUGACCAACUGGAUCAGAUUUCUGUUGAACCCACACAGGAGCCUGACCCUCUGGAGUUCAGCACAGAGGUGUUCACAGUCGCCUCUCAGACAGAGGCGACACCCUCAGAUGAUGAACCAACGCAGGCCGAUGACAGCGCCGUCACUCUUUAUCCCAUCACUGACGAAGCGCCCACUGAGAGCUCAGAUGACCGCGAUCCAACCAGCUCAGGAACAACUCUCCCUCAGCCCACAGCAGAGGCCCAAACAGAGUAUCCUCCUACAGCCCAGGCCCCAGAGCUGGAGGCAGUAGGAGAGGGAGAAGUGCAGCCGGAGGGUGACGUCUUUCCCGAAGCCGAGGCAACAGAUCUGCCUGUCGCCUCCUCUGAUGUGCCAGAGGUUACAACCACGGCCCCGUCAGUGUCCACAGGAUCGACACAGGCCUCCUCCAUGAUCCUGGAAAACUCCCAGGUCACCACCAUCACUGCCUCAUCAACGCAGGAGCCAUCGACUAUCCCAGAGGCGACCACCUCAAACCCAGAUGACAGCGACAUCAACACAGAGGAUGUCACAGCAGGCCCUCAACUCCAGGACAUCCAAGAUCCUUCCAUCAGUGUUUCUCCUGCAGAGCCCGAUGCCCUGACGACCAACGUCCCUUCAUCCACAGACGCAGUGCAGGACGACACAGCGGGUGGCGUUACUGCCGAUCCACUAAAUGUCACCCCCGCAUUGUCUGAUGCCACCUCAAAGCCCCAGGACAAACCGGAGCCCAGCAAGCCAUCACCAGCUAAACCAGGCAGCUCCAAACCUGAGACAAAGCCUGUGGGAUCUCUCACUAUAGACGAUUCUAGAGAUUACCAAGCAGAUGACAGCAACGACACAAAUCUGUGCAGCGGGCGGCCCGUCAGCGGAGCCACUACGCUGAAGAACGGAACGAUUGUUGUUUUCAGAGGGCACUACUUCUGGUUUCUGGACAGAAACAGGGUUCCUGGUCCGGCCCGAGGCAUCACACAAGUGUGGGGCGUCCCGUCCCCCAUUGACACAGUGUUCACCCGCUGCAACUGCCAGGGCAAAACAUACAUUUUCAAGGGACCUCAAUACUGGAGAUUUGAAAAUGAUGUUUUGGACAGCGGCUAUCCAAAAGUCAUUGAAACAGGCUUUGAUGGGCUUCGUGGUCACAUCACAGCUGCUCUGUCUGUGCCUCAGUACCAGAGGAGGAAAGAGUCGGUGUACUUCUUCAAGAGAGGUGGAUUGGUCCAAAAAUAUUCAUACCAGUAUGGCACCGCUUCAACAUGUGGCAGGAAACCCCAGUACUCCAUUUACACAGUCCGCAACCGAGUGGUUCGUCAAGCAGUGUCUUUUCUGGCACCUGCUGUCAACAUCCGGACGUCUUGGAAAGGUUUCCCCUCAACCAUCACAGCUGCUGUGUCCGUCCCAAGCAACAGGGAGCCAGAGGGAUACAAAUACUACGUCUUCUCAAGAUCCAAAUCCUACAACGUGAGGAUGGACGGUGAUCGUCCCGUCAUCGCUGCUCCUGCUGCCAACACGUCACCGCAGAGCAACAACAUCAUCAAGUGCCCAAAGAAAGUCUGAUUCGAGAAGUGUUUUUAACAUAGUUUUAAAGUU